CUCUGCUAUUCCCUUUAAGCGUAUGAUUUAAAUACCUUUACUCUUUCUUUCUUCUUUUUUUUUACUUUUUACUUUUUACUAUCAUUAUUAUGCAACCUCACUUGGCUUUAUGUUUACCUGAAAUCUUGAAUCAUAUCUUUACAUUUCUAAUACCCACCAACUUACAAGAAGAGACCAAACGAAAACCAUAUUCUGAUAUAUACCCUUGCCUAUUUGUCAAUCGACUUUGGCACGAUAACGCCAGUAGACUGAUCUGGAGAACCGUAUGUUUUGAAGAUACAGAACCAGGAGACUUUGGGACAUUUUUAAAAUUUGCCACCUAUUUUCGAAAAGAUGACGCCUUAUCCCCUUGCCCAAGGCCGUCUCUGUCAUCGUCUUCUGUAUUUGCAUCACUUGCGAUAUCAGACAGUAUAAGCCGUUCCAGCCGGUCAUCAUCCAUAUCGAGCAUUUCAUCUUAUGACAUUGAUACCCCUGACGAUACCAACAUACCAGAGCAACAGGAAAAGAAUGAUCUGACCAUUGAUUCUGAUCGACACACAAGACUUGCCAACUAUCGCAAAUCACUCAGGUCACUCACGAUUCGUAAGAUCAAGCUAAGAUCAUUGAAUGAGCCUCUGACAGCCAUUGGAGAACAAGCGACGCGACUGGAGCAUCUGGACGUAUACAUUUGCGAUUUUUUCACCAAUGCUACUCUUUUAUCAUUCAUCAGACACCAAAGCUUGACGUAUCUAUCACUUGCAGGAUGUCACCUGAUUUCUGAUGAAUCCAUCGUUCAGGUCGCUCAAAACUGUCCUCGACUGGAGCAUUUGGACCUACGUGCGUGUGGACAUGUGUCUGAUCGAUCUAUUACAGCCAUUGCCAUGAACUGCUCUCGACUACGACACUUGAACGUCGGACGGAUCAGAGAUCGUGAAAAGAUCACGAUGGAGUCGAUCGCACUCGUGGCCAAGCAGACACAGGUCUCUGUGCUAGGGCUCGCAGGUUGUGAGAUUGGUGAUGAAUGUAUGCAGAUCAUUGCAAAAUACCGUGCAGCUGGUCUAGAGCGCGUUUCGGUUAACAGCUGCUCAAAAAUAUCCAAUUCGACAAUCCACGCAUUGAUUCGACAUUGUCCAAACCUGACUGUGUUUGAGAUGAAAGAAUGUAACCUGAUAGACGAUUGGGGAGCAGUUGCUGAAUUGGUUCAUCGAAAGGUUUUGCUUACUCUAUGUGAGGCUCAAACGAAGGCCUGUCAUGUUUGGGCAAAUACACAUGGAAAAUCACUCGAUCUGAAAGCACCACAGAAAUAA